CGGGACACUAAUGUCUUUGUCGAGCUGCACAAAUCAUUGUUCUGACCGCUCAUGAGGCAAGUGUCGGGAGCCGACGGGGCUGUCUGGGAUUACUGGUUUUCUCGUAUGGGCAUAGUGGCAGCGCGUGGAGACGGCGGAGUCUGGUGCCCAGCUCAGCACGUGUGACUCAACAGACGGCUCAACCUACUUCCUCUAGGCGACACUUUUUUAGCUAGUGAAUGGGCUUGAGUGCCCGAUUAUUCUUUUAUCUGUUGGUGAAAAGAAGUAUUUAUAUUUUGGAUCGGGGCUCCUUUUGGGGUGUCGUCAAUUGGACCAUGAGCUCUAGCCGAGUUGCUAUUGGCGCUCCGGCGCUCAUUGAGCACAAGAACAUGCGCUUCCUUAUUACUGACCGGCCUACCUCAUCAAACUUGACCACGUACGUUCAGCAAUUGAAGAGACACAACGUCAAGAAUUUGGUGCGCGUCUGUGAGCCCACGUACGGCACGGAGAAGUUGCAAGAGGAAGGCAUUUUGGUCAAGGACUGGGUGUUCAGCGAUGGUGGCGCACCGCCAGACUCUCUAAUCAAAGACUGGCUGAACCUGUUGGAGGUGUGCUUCAGCAAUGACCUAGGCAGCUGUAUAGCUGUCCAUUGUGUUGCUGGACUAGGAAGGGCGCCUGUAUUGGUAGCUGUGGCACUGAUUGAAUCGGGAUUGAGAUAUGAAGACGCAGUUGAACUCAUAAGAACGAAGCGUCGAGGAGCAAUUAAUGCCAAACAACUGGCAUUCUUAGCAACAUAUCAAAGAAAUCACAAGAGGAGAAAUAAAUGUGUAAUUCAAUAAUGGGAGUGUUGACUAUGGCAGUGAAUACUUGUGUAGGGAGGGUCUAUUUGUACCUAUGUAUAGCAUUGGAUUCCCUUGAACUUGUUGUGUGGUGCCAGGCACCAGUCCUCAGUAAAGUUGCUAUGAUAUUGUGAUGCCAAUUUAGUAAUAAAACAUUUAGUGGAGCAA